UUCGAUUGUGCUAUUUUCACAAAAAGAGCAACUUUCGUAUUUAUAUCGUCGCCCGGAUGAUGUGAAGACUCUUUUCUUUUAAGUCGCUGGAAAGCCAGUCGUUCAAUAUUCAAUAUAACGUUUUCAGUUUUGUCAUAUAUGCAUGAGAUCAACAGGGGCAAUGGGUGCAACGCCGAGUCGCUAUGAAGAUCUCUCUAAGAAUGUGCACCUGGGAAGGUUCUGUGGGAAACAGAGUAUACCUGCAAACGAUCCAUUUUGGAGUACAUUUUUAUCUUACAACAUACGACCGCCCAUCACGAGAAACGAUCAGAUAGAAUUGGAUUCUCGAUUGGACUCGUCGUGCCAGCAGUUAUUGGUCAAUAAUUUGGUCACUGGCAACUUUGGUACUUUGAUACAAAUAGCUCUGAUACGCAUCAAUGAGCUAUUAGCACCUGUACAAAAUCAAAAUAUAAUAUCAGCAUGGCAAACGUACAAUGCGUUGUUUGCUGUAAGAUGUAUUUUAAAGUAUCUUAUUGAGAUAGUUGGUGAGGAGCAGAUGCUUAAUCACAUCGAAGCACCACAAACAACAAACGAAGCACUCCCUGCUUAUAGAUUGGCAUAUUUUAUUGAAGCAUUGAUAGAACUUAUUACGGAUGUACCUUUAUGUGAAUUUACAUAUGUUGUUCACCUGGAGGCGAUUAAUUGUUUACUCGUGCUACUCUCGGUGCAAUUAUUUUCUCAAACUGCGGCCGAGUACAGUACAGUGUAUAGGAUAGCGAUGCACGCGCAUCUGAACCAACACGCACCUGCCAUGGUGUGUACGCUGUUGCAUAAUUUUGUUCAACAAGAACAUGCCCCUCCAGGAUUACUAACGCAGCAAUCCGGGGGUAGUAUUGUAUUCAGUAUUGCCGCUGGAUUAUGGAAUGUGAUAAGAAUGGGCAUAGGCAGUAGUUCGAAGAAUAUACAGGUUGCACAUAACGGCACAGCUGAGGAAGAAGAGAGAAAACGCGAUACAGAAACUCCGCUUGCCAGUCAAUCACUAUUACUUCUAUUGGUUCUGACGAAUCAUUGUACCGCUACGCAGAAUCCAUAUAGGAACGCGCUUUUCUCUUUUAUAGAUAUGCAAGAAGAUCAUACUAUAUCGCAAGGAACAGCCGCCGAAACCUUCAAAUUUAAUUUAAAUAAAUUGUAUACCACCAUUUGUAAGAUACCAAAUACAGACGAGGUCACGCUUUUACUUUACAUGCUAUUACAUAGAAAUUCAAGUGUAAAACAUGACAUAAUGAGAAGACCUGACAUACAAUUAUUGGUGACUCCGAUAUUACAAAUAUUAUAUCAUGCGCCAAACAACACAUCCCAUCAUAUUUAUAUGUCCCUUAUCAUUUUAUUAAUUUUAAGUGAGGAUGAAACGUUUAAUAAACGAAUACACGAAAUUAUGCUUAAGAGUGUAACAUGGUACACUGAGAGGUCCAUAAGCGAAAUAUCAUUAGGUGGUCUUUUAAUACUUGUUGUGAUUCGCACGAUACAAUAUAAUAUGUUUAAAAUGAGAGACAAAUAUCUUCAUACAAACUGUCUGGCAGCUCUAGCAAAUAUGUCUGCCCAAUUCACAUCCUUACACCCUUACGUUAGUCAAAGAUUGUUAAGUUUAUUUGAAACUCUUGCAAAAAAACAUGCGCGAUUAGAAGCGAGAAUUUUAGAGCAAACGCAGGUGACAACUCUCUCUUCCAAAGAUAGCAUCGUUCUUAAUACGGCUAAUGAUACGACUGUUAAUGUAAUAGUUAAUAAUACUGGAAAAGUUUCUAAUGCUUCCACUGUUUCUACUAUUACAAACGAAGAUUUGAUUCAAGAUUUGACUAUACUUGAGGAAGUCUUACGGAUGGUGCUAGAAAUUAUAAAUAGUUGUUUAACCCAUAGGCUUGCACACAAUCCGAAUUUAAUUUAUACUUUAUUAUAUAAAAAAGAUGUCUUUCAACCAUUUAGAACACAUUCUGCUUUCCAAGAUAUUGUACAAAAUAUUGAUUCUGUAAUUAAUUUUUUCUCUUAUAAAUUGGAACAAAAGGAUCAAUCACAAUUAGGUGUUAGUCAAGUAUUAGCCGCUAUACGACAAGGAACGUUAGAGUGGCCAAGAGAUCGUUUAAGAAAAUUCCCAGAAUUAAAGUUCAAGUAUGUAGAAGAAGAACAACCAGAAGAGUUUUUCAUUCCGUAUGUAUGGAGUGUGGUUUGUCAAGGAGCGUUAUUACAUUGGAAUGCGGAGAAUAUAAAAUUAUUUUCUCCUAAUAACGGCGAAGCGACUAUCAUUGUUUGCUGAUACUGAGAUGAGGGGUGCAUUAUGUUAUAAAUAUUCGAAGAAACACAGGUAUAUAAAAUUAUAAUUUACAAUAGAAAUUUGUCAAAAUUUAAAGCAUUAAUAUUUUCUUUGGAAUGGAUAAAGAUGCAAAUUUUUAGGACUAAAAGAAAAAUGAAAAAUGUAUACAGCAAAGAGAGUGUAAUGUAUGGCAUCAGAUAUGACAUCAUUGUAUAAUGAAAUAUACCUUUUAUAAAUGAGGAUAUAUCAUCUAAAAUGGACCUCUUUUUGUCACGUAAUUUGUUCUUAUAGUAUUAUGAAAUCUUAAUAUUAUGAAAAUGAAAACAAAUGAAAAUUUAAAUUAAAUAUCACUGUUUCAUUUUCACAUUAAAUUUCAUUUCAAGUAAGAGACUAACAAGUAUUUUAUAUCUGAAAAAUCAGAUUUUGUAACUUUUCUGCAACUUUAUUAUGAUUAUAUAUACUACACGCCAAAAUGAAUGCAAUUACUGCAUCUCGACUGGGACUGGUUAAAGUUAUUGUAAUAUUUUGCAUUACGAACGCUAUUACAGAGGAUAAUGUAAUUUUGCGUUAUUAAAGAUAUCUACUAAUGUAUGCAUGAGAAGUUACAAUCUCCAUGAAUAAUAUAAUUUACAAAUGCCUGUAUAACUUCGAUAUUAAAUUUUCUUAUAACCUCGUACUAAAAUGUACACCAAUUCGAAGUAUUUUUUAAUGCAAAAACGUAAAAUUAUAGAGGCUUUAGUGAAUUAUAUCUAAUAGCCUAAUCAAAGUAGCGUGCAAUUUUAUUUUCAAUCUCUGCGAUAUAUUUGUAAAUAUUUGUCGAGAAAAUUGAGUGCCUAUUCGUUUAAUUUAAAACAUCGCAGCAUAAAAUAUUUGUAUAGUUCUGUUAUUCAUGCUGUAUAUGUGCAAAUAAUUUUUAUUUAAUAUAUACAUCAAUAAAAACUUUGAUAUUUAUAAAUACCUCAUUUCACUUCUUCAAACACCCGUUUAACGUAAGAUUCACGGAAAUGGGAUUCUAGAGCAGGUAUGAAAAGGCGAUGUGGAAGAGAAUGGAAAUAAUCCAAUGUCCAUUUUUAACCGGCAGGCCAUUUAACGUCGCAUAACACACGAGAGAAUAAUCUAUUUAAAGUUGCUCGAGAAGUGUAGCAGAUCUUCCAUUGAAAUUCUCAUCACAAAUCAGUUGGUAAUUUAUCAGUUACGGUGACCUGCCGACUAAUGCAAUGGUCAAUUCGCACAUGUCGAAUGUACAUCUUUAUUAAACAAAUACAGUUGACGUCUUAAUGUUAUUUAUAAUGUCGUUAUAGAUAGUAUUUCAUUUUUCCUAGCCUGUGCAGCGUGUAUAUGCGGCCGCGCGUGAUUUUUGUGUCGUGUACCUGUGUGUGUAUAAUUAAUAUACUAUUGCUAAUAUACUUCUCAUUUUUUUUUGUCUUGAACGAUCUUUCAGUUUGCAGAGUUAACAAGAUAAUUUGACGUUUUCUGUGCGUCGCGGUGCAGACGCGCCGAGUAACUCAGUGUGUCACGUUAAAAUUAAAGACUCGUUUAAAGUCAUAAACAUUGCCCUUAGCCAUACGUCACGUUACGGCUCGAAACGUGUGUGUGCUUAGCAUACAGAUAGGUAUUUUUUUUUCUUUUAAUUAUUUUUUAUUUAUUCAUAAUAAUUAAA